UAUAUAAGUUACUUGGUAUCUUGCCAUUCAACAAAGAACACAACACCGAAUAUCAACUAUCGAAGCAAAUAUGAAGAGAAACUCUUUUGUUUUUCUAAUUUUUUUUCUUCUUCUUACUGUAUCUUCAACAUCUGCUCGUCUCUUGGCUACUCCUAGACAAGAUGGAAAAGAGGUAAAGGGUCAUGUGAUUCCUGAGGCAAGUUCGUUACCAGAGACGAAGGAAGAUAUAUCCAAUCUGAUGGGAUCAGAGGAAUGUGACGAGGAAGAUGAAGAAUGCCAGAAGAGAAGGAUGGUAGCAGAGGCUCAUUUGGAUUACAUCUACACUCAACACCAUAAGAAGCCUUGAGUAUUAUUAUAAAAGUACAUAAAAAAAUUUUAAAAAAGAAAAAGAAAAAAAAGAACCAUGAAAGAAAUAUAGAAUAUCUGGAGUCUGGAGUUGUAUUAGAGAAGAUGCAGCAAUAUGUCAAGAUUAUAUGUAACAUAUAUUAUGGUUUGAGAAACUGCCAAUGUUAUAUAGUACUGCAAAUUGCAUCUCUCCUAA